ACAGCCUUUAUUUAGUGAAGUAUAAAUGACACUGGGGCCCUGCAGGGAAAUCUUGUGCCCCCGUGUGUAAGUGAAUAACACGAAGCCUGUAAUUAAGAAAUGACUCUCUCACCCUGUGUCACUUGUUUUGCCUCCUCUCCCCUGGUCUCCCACAGUAACAGCCCAUUGUCCACAUCCUUUAAUUGGCCCCAAAUUCAUUUUUACCCCCACAACUGAAACAUGACACCCCCAAAGCCACUUCAGAUACAGGCAGAGUCCUGCACAGCUGCAAGUGGGGUGUAGCCUGGGGCCACUGUUAGAGACCAAAGAGAAACAUGAAGACAGUAGAGCAAUGGCCCCAAUUACUGGGGCUCCCCCUUUUCUGGAAAAAAGAUACUGGCCUGCCUAUAUUUUUGUGGGUUUUCCCUAUGAAUAACAUUGGCAUCAGGCCAGGCUAGUAAAAUACCGGCUAGGUGGCAACUCUAGAUGGCAGUAGGAGCAAGAUGGAGACAGUAGAAGAAAUACGGCGGCAGAAGGAGCAAGAUGGAGACAGUAGGAGAAAGAUGGUGACAAUAUGAACAAGAUGGCGACAGCAGGAGAAAGAUUGCGGCAGAAGGAGCAAGAUGGAGUAGUAGGAGCAAGAUGGAGACAGUAGGAGAAAUAUGGCGGCAGUAGGAGCAAGAUGGAGACAGUAGGAACAAGAUGGCAAAAGUAGGAGAAAGAUGGUGGCAGUGGGAGCAAGAUGGCGACUGUAGGAGCAAGAUGGCGACAGCAGGAGAAAGAUUGCGGCAGUAGGAGCAAGGUGGAGUAGUAGGAGCAAGAUGGAGACAGUAGGAGAAAUAUGGUGGCAGUAGGAGCAAGAUGGAGACAGUAGGAGCAAGAUGGCGAAAGUAGGAGAAAGAUGGCGGCAGUAGGAGCAAGAUGGCGGCAGUAGGAGCAAGAUGGCGGCAGUAGGAGCAAGAUGGCGGCAGUAGGAGAAAGAUGGGGGAAGUAGGAGCAAUAUGGCGGCAGAAGGAUCAAGAUGGCAACAGUAGGAGAAAAAUGGUAGCAGUAGGAGCAAGAUGGAGACAGUAGGAGCAAGAUGGAGACAGUAGGAGCAAGAUCGCGACAGUAGGAGCAAGAUGGAGUCGUAGGAACAAGAUGGAGACAGUAGGAGAAAUAUGGCGGCAGUAGGAGCAAGAUGGAGACAGUAGGAGCAAGAUGGCGAAAGUAGGAGAAAGAUGGCGGCAGUAGGAGCAAGAUGGCGGCAGUAGGAGCAAGAUGGAGGAGGUAGGAGCAAUAUGGCGGCAGUAGGAGAAAGAUGGCAACAGUAAGAGAAAAAUGGUGGCAGUAGGAGCAAGAUGGAGUAGUAGGAGCAAGAUGGAGACAGUAGAAGAAAUAUGGCGGCAGUAGGAGCAAGAUGGAGACAGUAGGAGCAAGAUGGCACCAGUAGGAGCAAGAUGGCACCAGUAGGAAUAAGAACAGUUGGAGCAAGAUGGUGACAGUAGGAGAAAGAUGGUUACAGUAGAUAGCUACAGCAGGGCACAUCAGAAUCAAUAACAUUUUAUAUCAGUGUUGCCCAACCGGCAGCCCUCCAAGCACCCCCAAAGAGACAAAAGCUGAUGGGGUUAAUGGGAGUUGCAAUUGAAGACAUUUGUGGAUAUUUCUAUUACAGGUGUCCUCAGAUUCCUCAAGGGAUAAUAAUAGCUGCUACUUGUAGCUGGCUAGAAACAAAGGUUCUGUUAUUACCUAUUUGUAUACAGUGGGUCACUUUCUCUAUACGUACAAACCCAAAAAAAACAAAGUUUGUAGCCAACUACUAGUAGCAGCUACUAUUCCCCCACCCCACGAGACAUGAUCCAUAGAUGUAGAUAUAUAUAUACUGUAUAUAGACAUAUCCCCCUUUAUCCCUGAGCAGGGUGUUACUAAAAGCUUUUGAGCAGGAGAGCUGUGUCCAUUCUGUGCAACCAUGACAGCGGGGAACAACAAUCACACCCCAUAACUGCCUCUCACACCUACAGCCAAACACUAAACACUUGUGUUCCAGGAUGCAGGUAGGGGCGGAAUGUAGGUUCCCAGCAGAGAAGACGCAGAAAGAAAUGGGUGCUACAGGCUGGUGGGUGCAUUCCUGAUGAGGGGAAGCAGCACUGAAUACAGGAGAAGGUUACUGGAUAUGAUGCAGCCUGUUUGGUGUGAAAGAGUCAAAUACAGGGAGAAGGAGGAAGAAGAAGAAAUAUAUGUUGAUGGAAGUCUCUGGAAGAAACAUGAAAAGCUUGGACGGAUUCUACAAUGAACUUCGUCAAAAAUAUCCCAAUACUUUCAGUUUGGCGCCAGAGCUUGGAACAGGGAACAGGGAGAUCCAUAAACUGCCACAGCUUGAAUGUACAACACCUCUUCUGAGUCGACUCAACUUGCCAAAUGGAAUUUCUCCCCAGCGGGUGCCUCCGGACAGCCUCGUCUGCAAAGUCCAGAUUCUCAAAACACAACAUGGGCAGAAUAAGAAAUCCGAGAUGCCCCAACACACGGUCAUUAUCCAGGACAAAGCUGUACCUGUUCCAGCGGUGUCAAGAAGGGAUCACUUAGCUCCUGAGAAUGGAAUCACCUUCCGACUGCCUAGUCUAAGGGCUCAGGUGGAACAGAACAAAGCAGAACUAAGAAAUAGGCUUAAUACCCUAAAGGAAGGAGAUGGCCCAUUACAGACUGGCCAGAAUGGCAGUGCCACGGCGAGGCUAACAAGCCAGGGGAAGAACACUCAGAAUUAUUCCUCUAGUGAGAACAUUUUCAGCAGUCACACCAGUCGCUCUCCUACAAAGCCCGAUGUACUAGGAACCAUCAUGAAAGAACUGCUGCCCAGCAAACCAGGGAGGUUGACCAACCAGGUGUCUCUAAACAGCAGGGAGCAACCACACAGAAAUGGCCCAAGUGGAUGUGUCUCUGACAGUGACUCGGGGGUAUCUGCUUGUUCUCCAAUAAAAGUAUUCAGGCCAAAACUGAGGAGCCCACAAACACCUCCUGCUCCAAGUGAUAUUAAAAGGAACUUUACUUUCAAAUCCCAGGCCGCAUAUGGACCAGUUAAAGCCAAUCACGCCGUGAUUCCUGGACAACAGGUCCCACCCAUGAAGUUGUCAGAAAGCACUGAUUUGAGCCAGUCCAUAAAGAGCAGCUCCAUCAACUUCGGAGACAGGAUAAAACCACGACCACCAACAGCUCGAGUUAGAUUUGAGGAUGAAUCUGAGCAAGAGGCAGAGUCUCGCUACCAGGAAAGAUUUGUUAUAAAGAUGAAGGAAGCAGAGAAGUUUGACAAGAAAAGUUUAUCAAGUACCUCAACACCCUCAAUGGACAGUAACAGAAGAUCAAUGAAUAGUUUAUCAUGUCACUCAACACUCUCAAUGGACAGUAGUAGACGAUCUCUCACUAGUCCCACACCUCCAUCUCCAUCACAGAGUGACAGAGCACAGACUGGAACUCAACCAACCACCGGCCAUCCUUAUAGACGUCAACCGUUUCCACCAAGUGUAGCUAAGAAAGUGUUAAUCGAUGUACCCAGAAGUGGGCAACCUCAUAGGUACACUCUUUAUAAUGAGAGCUCUCGAGGAGAGAAGCUUAACAACCAGGUUCUGCCAAGAUCUAGUAAGGAACUGGCCUCUCAUCCUGGUGUCAGUAGGAAUUUUGCUACCAACAAUAGGGAGUUUAGGUCUAAAGAACAAAGCAUGUCUGAAAAGAAAGAAAGCGAUAAAGUGGAGCAAGGUAACCCACCGGUGAGGGCAAAAGUUGGAGAAACUGGAGAAGGUGUAGACAUAUCUAUUUACAGUAGAGUUAAGAAGAGCCUGCACGUUACUAGGAAGGUUAUGAGCCAGUCAGAGAAAAGUGAUCUGCUGAACAUAGACAUCCAGUUUGUCAGUGAGCUAGAGACCAGCCAAUCGCUACAGCUUCUUCCAAGAGGUCGUGGGCAAGAAAAAGUAGCGUUGGAUAGAAAUUCUCAUUCAGGAAGUAGCAGCCCUGUUCCGCUCAAAGAGUUUCUGCAAGGGGAAGGUGCUCCAACAAGUAGCAAGCGCAGUAAGAAGACAGAGGAACCCACCUCUGCAGGCCCACCAAUGAAUCGCAUGUUAAAGGCACCCCUUCUGCCCAUGAGGAUGAUGCAUUCAUUCCUGAAGAAAGGCCGAGCCAAAAAUUACAUGGUUCCUGUACCGCCUUCCCCUCGGCAGAUGCAGAGGUUAGAUCUGCACCCAGUAGUUUCUUGCUCCACUGCUCCAUUAUCUGAAAAACAAAAAGAGCAGACGUAGAGACUGCUGGGGGCCUUAUGAACUUAAAGGACCAGUGUAGGCAGGAGAACCUCAACCUUUGGUCAUUUUCCUGCCUAAGUCAACUCCUUGGCUGUUCUACUUCUUGGACCCUUGUGGAAUAGGGCGAGAUCACUAGUCUAGACACAGCAAUUGUGCUCUCCUACACUUAAAAAGCUGAACUUUCUUUUAAAAACCAAGAAGUUCUGCUCUUAAAUUAAUUUAUUGGUGUCUGGACGGCUGAACAGGGUGGCAGUUUCAGUAUAUCCGUGCCUUGGAAAUAAGCUUUUUAGCCUCUCUGCUGCUGAUUAGUGGGGGCUGGUAGCUGUGAGCAGUGGUUGGUGUGGGAGAAAGUGUGGGUGGUGGUGCAAUGUGAAUCAUAUGGGUUCCUGGUGGGCUCAAAGUACCUCAAUCUCAAUUGAUGGGCCAUGUUAUCAAAAAAAUAUUUAAAAGUCCCAAAUACUCGAAAUGACUCUUUCCUUUCAUGUCCCAACAGGUAAUUAUCAACUUACACCCUGUAGUAAGAGGAAGAAGUGUAAGACUGGAAUCAAAAGACCUUUUACCAAAAACACAAUAUACAGGGGAUAGUCAAUUGCUGUGGUUUCUGCUAUAGUUUGCCAAUAUCACCCAGACUGGGCAAAGACUGACCCAAAAUGAAAAUUUGCAUCCAUUUGCAAUCCAAUUGGCUUAUAAAGUGCAGACAGAAAAUCCAACCAGUCCAGUCUAAAUUGUACUGGAUUCUUCCCCAGCUGGACAUAAAAGCACCAACAUAAUUGGUAGCAGCUUCCCGGGUAUGAACCAUACUCAGAGUCUAAACAUCUUAUAAACCGGUCAAGUCUCUGUCUGCAAUGAGGCUCUGAAGAAGGUCUUAUUAUAUUAUGUAGAUGGAUAGAUGAUACCUUCCAGCUAUGUUUUACUACUCACUGUGCAUGUACAUUACCGUAUUUAGAUUUCACUUCUUAAUUAGUUUUUUACUGGAAUAUAUAUGUUGAUGGUGUAGUUUUGUAUCAUACUAGUGUUCAAUAAAAUGUAAAAAGCUGCA